AUUUUAAUGUUCUUGGCUGUUAUUCUGAGGAUUGAUGUUAUGAAUUGACGUUGACAAAUAACAAUUUAUCAACUCAAUGUCAAUUUAAGUUAAGAUUUAAGAUCAUUUUUGUUUGAAAAAUCGUUUCAUGUUGUGGUUGUGGAUAUUUAUUGUUCAAAGUUGCAAAUAAUAAUGAAAAUUGUUUGUAAUAUUUACGUGGGAUAUCGCAGUCUGCCGAAUAAAUUAGCUGCCAAAGGAAGAAAAUAUGUAAAAUCCACUUUGGCCCUUUGCAAGCAUCCGAAAUCUGGAGAAUUUUGCAUGAUUUUGUUCACUAGUCAAAAUCAAAAUGGUACGAAAUAUGCUAUAAAAGAUAAUAUCAAGCAGGUCUUAACUAAAUUUGUCAAUGAAGGAAAGUGUACAGUUCAGUUUGUAUCACCCGAGCAUGACUUGUUUAUAGAUUCUGAUCCUGUACAGCUAAAAGCGUUUUUACAUUUGUUGAGAAGAGCCCUAGAAAACAAAAUUUCGAGUAAGGAAUUGACUACGUCGAGCAUUGGAGUUACAGGAGUAAAGUUAAAAGAUAUGCCAUCUAAGACGCUGUCUAUACAAAAAAGAUCCGAUUACCCAAGUAAGGGUUUUCCAAGAACUUUAGAAGAACUAUGUAUAAAUGGUAUUGAUAGAUGUGGUGUCGACAUAGGAAUUUUUAAAUUAGUAAGACUGAAAGUGCUAGAUUUGAGUCAUAACUUAAUUGAAUCCAUUCCUAACGAAUUGAAUACUUUGCCUAAUUUACGAGAAUUUAAUAUAUCACAUAAUUUACUUUGUAAAGGAAAAAGUUGGAAUUGGCUUGGAGGGAAUCUUUCGAAAUCACUUCAAAUUUUAAAUUUAAGUCACAAUCAACUAGAGUAUGUGCCUAGACAAAUCUCUCAUUUAAGCCAACUUGAUACUCUCAACUUAAAUGAUAAUUGCUUGAAAAAAUUAAUACCUGGUAUCGGUAAAUUAAGGAAUUUAAAAAUAUUCGUUGCCAGUAACAAUCAGCUCAGUACCUUACCUGGCAAUUUCAAAAGUUUAUCAUUAAAAUCAAUAGAUCUAUCACAUAACAGUUUUCAACAGAACAUUCCUAUUAGAACAGCAAGUACAAGUGAACCAUUGCCAGUGUGUACAUUAAAAGAAUACGCUGGACGAAAAGUUUUAGGAGCAAGAAUACCGUAUCCUCCAGGAACUCUUCCCUUGACCGUUAUUGCUUACUUAGAUAGUGCCAAUUUUUGUAUGUGCGGAAGGGCAUGUUUGGACAGAUUUAUAAAGACAGCUCAUAAUUUGAUGCUGACUAGUAUUGCAGAAAGUGUUAGUACUUCUGUUGGUGAGACAAUGUAUGUUCCUGUCGAUUCGUAUUUUUGUUCUUUAAAGUGUUAUAUAAGUGCUUUCAGAUCGAGGACAAGAAAUCCGAUUAUUAGGUAGAACGCAGUGGAUUUUAAUUAGAAUGUUAGGUUAAACUAUUUAUUUUUGUUUUGUUGUAACAAUAAUACUUUUUAGAUGAUAAGCUGAAGUCAUUACAUUAUACAGGCCUGAAAAACCUGUCUUUGUUUAAUAAUUGUUUUAUAUAUUUUUUGUAUUAUUAAUUACUACUUAAUCUAUA